AUGCGCCCGAAGAAAUCGCAGGACCCGCUCACUGCAGACGCACGCGGCCACACCAACCACCGAGCCAGCUUCCGCUAUAACACGCUCGAACUCGUCGAUGACAAGCCCGGAUCUGCCGGACUCGGCUCGAACGUCUUCUGGAUCUGGGGCGGGUGCUGCGUCGCGUGCUUCAUCUUCACGUUUUUCUUCAUCUACGAGACCAAGGGACUCGCGCUCGAGCAAGUCGACAUCCUCUACCGCAACUCGAACGCCCUCCACUCGAACAAGUUCCGCAAGCAGAUCCUUGACGAGAACCUCCACGACGAGGACAAGGAGGCUUACUACGCCGGUGCGCAGAAGAACCCGGUCGAGAAGGGCGAGCACAGGGAGGACGCUAUCAUGCGCGACCUCUGA